AUGCGGUUAGAAAUCGUAUUGAGUUCAUUUUUUUGUCUCGUGAAUGCCGUUGCAGAUCCUUGGAAAACUCUAGGAGUCAGUAGAAGCGCCUCGACGAAAGAAAUCAAAUCUGCGUACAAAAAGCUCGCAAAAGAGUGGCAUCCAGAUGUAAACAAGUCACCAGAAGCGGAAGAUCGUUUCGUCGACAUUGCUGAAGCAUAUCAGAUUUUAACGGACGACGAUAAGCGUCGAGAAUGGGAGUCUUCUCAGAACUCCGGCUUUGGCUCUUCUUUCCGUCGCUCAACCAAAGGAUCUCGCUGGAGCGGUGGCUUUUCGCCUGAUGAUUUGUUCGAUCAGUUUUUCGGGCAGUCUAAUUUUGGCGAAGAUGGAGUCUCAACGAGGGAUUUUUUCAAUAAUAUCCUGAAGAAGACGAACAGGAGUCCGCAUGUUUUCUUAUUCACAUCGCCUUGGUGUUUUGAAUGCAGAAGAGCGAAGCAAGUCUUUUCUCAGGUAGAACCUGAGCUUCGAAAAUGGGGCUUUGGCACUGGAAAAGUCAAUGCGAAUGUAUAUGCCAAGCUGAAUGACUUCAUGAACGUCCAAAAAGUACCAUCUGUUGUUGUGGUUUACAACGAGAAUCCGUAUCCAGUUCCUCUUGCGGAUCUUUAUCGUGGAUCACAGCCGCUCAAGGAGUUCUGUGAGAAUUUAGCGAGCAGCUCAGUUGUUAUCGAAGAAUUAUCGACGAAGGAAAAAGCAGAGAACUUCAUGAACCAGUACAAAAAGACUAUGAGGCCGCGCAUCUGGCUUGUAACGGAGAAAGAUACGGUCGCUGGAAUGUUUUCUUCAAUCGCGAGUCAGUUUCGAGGAGAAAUCGACUUUGCCUAUUCAAAAUUUAACGAUGAUGCGAUCAACAUGAUCAGAGUCUCGCUUAAAAUCUCAGAGCCUUCUCUUGUGUUCUUCACAGAACAAAACACGCCAUCCGAAAUCAUUCCAAUCAACAAGCUCAAGUAUCAUGGUGGCAUCUUGGAAAAAAUUAAAAAGUACAGGACUCUGGAACUCACUAGAAUCGCUCAUCCUGAGCAAUUCACUACGCGCUGCGAAGUACAUACAUCUGGAGAUUCUCCGCCACUCUGCCUCAUUUUCGUUCAUCAUGGUUCUCUUGAAGACCCAGUUGUGAGCAACUUCGCCAAAUGGACCGCUCAACAUGCUAAAGAAAUGAAAUCGGAGGCUGUCAUCAAUAUCAUGUCCGGCGAUAAUCAGUGUCACUUUUCGAAAAUGAUUGGAACGGACGGAAAGUCAGCUGCUGUCAUCGUUCAGCGACUUUCAACUGGGUUGAGAUUCCUAAAGAUCCCGCACUCUGAAAGUUUUGAGGGAUUCACUGCCGCAGCGUGGAAGGCUAUCUUCAGCAAGCAAGACUACUCAUUUGCAUCAUUCGUGAAUAUCGUCGAUGAAGAUCAGGAUCAGACUUUCUUCGGAAGCACCUAUCGCUACAUUUGGAAAUCAUGGAGGAGAAUUCGCCACUUUGAAGAGGAAGAACUGCUUCUUUACAUUUGUGCUCCGUUGGCUAUCAUUAUGCUCACCGCUUCGUUUUUCAUGACCGCAAAUGCUGAAACAAACCCAAGGAGGCCUCGAGUCACCAAAAGAGAGCGGCAAUCUGCAGCUGACUUACCUCUCAGACCUUUGAAGAAAUUAGAGAAGGAUGAGAUCAGCAAUUUUCUGACGGAAAAAGUAAAGUUUAUCGUCGUCCUUGUUAUCUCCGAUAAUAACCAAAGCGAAGCUGAACGAGAUGUAAUGGUUGAAAUGACGCGCCAAUUUGCGAUAAAAAUUCAGGAAUUUAAAUGCGAUCCGCAUAUUCCCGACUUUUUCUGUAUCAAAAAAGGAAAUGUUGGCGAGCAAUUAGCGUCAAAUCUCGACCUUAUUCCGGGAACCGUUCUCGCGUUAGGAGCGAACUGGUGGGCUGGAUACCAGAUUGAUCAAGACGAUGACAUUUAUAUGGACAAUAUUUUGCCAAAUGUCGAGCACUGGCUAGCGAGGUUGCAAGAAGGUGCUAUUAAAAGACAGCGUUACAAAUAA